UAUAUGAAACCGCGCUUUUUAAAACAUAUAGUUUUCAACAGUAUCAGCAUGGGUUUCACAAUAAAAUGGAUCUUCAUUGUUGUGGUGAUAGUGGCUGAAUUGUCAGUAAUAGAGACUACAAAGGAUUUCAUCAGUAAAUACAAGAGAUACAAUACUUUGUGUCGAGAAUUGGGAUACGAAAGGAAAACUUCAGGAUCCAGCGAUAACGAGAUCAUCGCCUUUUACGCCCAGCUAUCCGCGGAUCAGUGGAAUCUACAUGCGAAUGCUGUUGUUGUAUUUGGGAGAAUGAUUCUGAACUCUGGAUCCGCUUAUGACGCUAACACGGGUAUAUUCACAGCACCCAAAAAGGGCACCUAUGUCUUCACAUGGACCAUGCUAUCAGCGCAAGGGAAACACUUUCACACCACAGUUGUUCUUAACGGCAUGGUAAUGGGCUACAAUUUUGUUGACGGCAGAACCGGUAAUUCUCAUAACGCAAGUGGAACCUCAUCAGCUAUUAUUAAAAUGAAGAAGAACGACAAAGUGUGGAUAAGGACAUAUAACAGAUUCGGGGAAUUUGCUUAUAAAACUUGGGCAUCAUUUUCUGGUUAUCGAUUGUAAAUAACAGAGUUGUUUUCAAAAGUAAAGGACUUUUGACCAUUGC